GCUUUCAUACACCACUCCAGCCACGUUCUCUCGGCUCCCACGACGUCACUCAGCUAGCUCACCAUUACACGAAACAGACGCAAACUCGAGAAGAUAGUACGUCGGCGGUCGUUUAUCGAAAGCCGUUAACCGAAACCUCUGUUUUCCUAGCAGAGGUCCAAGCAUUACACCUCAAACCAGAAUUCCGCUUGAAGCAAAUGCACAAUAAUUUCGAGGAAUGGAUAAAAAUGGCCACUGAAACUCAACCGUUCAAACAGCUGGGAACUCGCUUUGACGUGUUACUUUCCCCAGAUGAACUUUCUAAAGACAGAGAUACGACCAACUUUCAAAAGACUUCAUGUACCACUAGAUGGAUGUGUAAAGAUAUAUAUACUUUGCGUGUAGAUUCGGUUGCAACCGAGACCGAAAGACCGCUCGGUGGGCUUGCUGACAGUACAUGUCAUAGAAUAGAUUACGAGAGAAAGGAAGACUCUAACCAAACAGAGGAAUCCGAAGAUCAAGAUCCUCAAACGAAACAAAGACGCAAAAAGACACUAGCAAAAGAUCCAUCUGCCAUAUGCGUCAAAGACUGGGAUCUCGAACGUCAAGUUGAUUCCCUGUGGAAAAAGAUGGCAGUUGAUGCCGAGAGAAGGAUUGUGUUUGAUACGAGUGAAGCGGUUGUUGGUGAUGGCAGCGAGAGUGCCGGUAUCGAGAUGGAUAUGACGAAACUUGUGUGUGAGUUUCAUAUCUACACAUAA